AUGCUGUGUGCGUUGAGAUUCAACCGGACGACAGUUCGCCGGGAGCAUGUUGUCGAAAGACAUGGGACCACCCUCGAUUGGAUCUACGAUCAAAGACAUGAGGAACAAGCCCUUUACUUCCGUGAUUGGCUUGAGAAGGGUCAAGGCUACUACUGGAUCACAGGUAAUGCUGGAUCGGGAAAGUCAACUAUGAUGAAGUUCAUUUAUCUGGAUCCAAGGACCAAAUGCCAUCUUGAAAAAUGGGCUCGCAAUACCUCAGCAAGUGAACUUAUCAAGGCCGACUUUUUCUUUUGGAACUCUGGUGCAGAAUUGGAACGUUCACAAAGCGGUCUUCUGCGUGCUUUGCUCUACGAAGUACUGCGCCAAAUACCGGAGAUAAUGCCUGAAGUUUUAGGACGCCGAUGGGAUGAAUGGAUUCUCGAUCAACUAUGGACUGAUGAAGAACUCCAAUCGGCCUUCAGAAUCAUCGGCAGCCAGAAGGUUCGUCCUAUCAAAUUCUGCUUUUUCAUCGACGGCUUGGAUGAAUACGAUGGGCUGUCACAUGAGAUCGCACAAACGGUGCUUGACCUUAGCGCGACCCCGAAUAUCAAAGUCUGCGUGGCGAGCCGUCCCUGGAAUACAUUUGAAGCAGCCUUCGGUUCUGAUACCAAUUCGUUGCUCCGGCUUCAUGAACAUACCAUGGAGGACAUACGACUUUACGUGCACGAGAUGAUUGGCAAGCACAAACUCUUCCAGCAACUGAAAGCCGAAGACGACCGGUAUCAGAGAUUUCUCCACAAGAUUGUUGAGAAGGCAAAGGGAGUCUUCCUUCGGGUUUUUCUAGUCGUCCGCAAUUUGACAGAAACCCUUCCGAACGAAGAUACCGUCGAGGACUUGGAGCAGAUUGUUAACGAUUUUCCCACCGAACUGGAGGGGUAUUUCGAACGAAUGCUCGAUAAUAUUCCAGAGAGAUAUCACGAGCCGUCGUCCAGCAUAUUUCUGUCAGCAAUGGAGAGUGAUGAGCUCCUACCUUUAGUUCUGGUGGCACACAUCAUGCCCACUGAGGAGCAAGUGGUCAGCUCUGCUCAUACUCACUCGUCUAGGAAGUUACGCGCUCGACUAAAAGCGUAUUGCGGUGAUUUGAUGAAUGUAGGGAUGGAUUCUCAGAUGAGCAUGCCUGCGGUUCGCUUUGAAAGAAUUGACUUUCUCCAUCGUACAGUUAACGAUUAUCUUCGCAGCCCGUCAGUACGAUCGAAGUUGCAAGGUCGAGUUCCAAAAUCUUACAACCCUUCUGAGCGCUCUGCGAAUGUUCGGCCGAUACCUAAGAACGAGACCAGAAGGUCGUUUUCACAUCCGGCAUCCGGUUGUGGAGAUACUUCUCUCCAACGCCUCGAAACUAGAAGACGUGGGAACAUCUUACGAUGGCUGGUUGACGAGACCAGAGCCUUCCUUGUCCGGAGCGGGAUAUCCAAUCUAGACUUCAUCAAUGAAACGCUCUGUCGCGGCCUCUACGCAUACAUCGACACGCGAUUUCGUGACAUGUCUUUGUUCGACUUCGACGCCACUUAUGCGAUGAAAUACGUCCUCCUCGAAGUCGACUUCCGUCUUACCCAAAGUGUUCCGGAUCGCAUGCAUGCACGCAUGCUUCGUAUACUACUUGAGCACGGUGCAGACCCAAACGCAGUCAUGUGCGACACCCAAGACAUCCACGCGAUCAACUUUAUGCUGCAUCGAAGCCAACGCCAACGCAGCGUUUGGGCCAUCGAGGUCGACCGCCUGACCUCUAAGCCUGGGGCUGGAAAUGUGGCAGAAAUAUGUGAGACGUUUCUCGAGUAUGGCGCGGACUAUGGCGUCUCACUGGGUUCAAGGGGAACAGCACGCGACGUCCUUCGAAGAUACUUCGCGAGCUCAACAGGGCAGAUUGAGCGGUUCGAGCUGCUUGCGCGCCGGUGGCGAAGAAGAGGCAUGGUAUCUUGGAUGCCGGAUCUGAACCACCGCCUCAAAACUCGGGUCCUAGUAGCCGACACACUGACACUGCAAACUCCGGCAAACGGAAAAACCGAUUACCUGGAUUUCAUGGGUUGUUGUCAAGCCUACGGAAAUAAGCAACCACGCCGCUAA